AUGUACAUCGUCACAAAUUCACAAUCGGCGAGUUUGAUGGAAAGCAAUAGAUCAGACCCAGAACUUGAUGAUGACUUUAGUGAAAUCUACAAGGAGUAUACUGGUCCUCCAUGUACUGUUGUUACCAACAAUGUCCAAGAGAAAGACAAAUUACGUUCUGAGGAAAGAUGUGACGAACAAGACCAACUACCUGAUCCCAAUUCUGUACCAACCGAUUUCACUAGCCGAGAAGCUAAGGUUUGGGAAGCUAAAUCCAAAGCUACUGAGAGGAAUUGGAAGAAGAGAAAAGAAGAAGAGAUGAUUUGUAAGAUAUGUGGCGAGUCUGGUCAUUUUACUCAGGGAUGUCCAUCCACACUUGGUGCAAACAGAAAGUCUCAAGAAUUCCUUGAAAGGGUACCGGCUAGGGACAAGAAUGUGAGAGUUUUGUUUACUGAGAAAGUUAUGGAAAGGAUUGAAACAGAGACCGGUUGCAAGAUUAAAAUGGAUGAGAAGUUCAUAAUUGUUAGUGGCAAGGACAGAUUAAUCUUGAGGAAAGGUGUAGAUGCUGUUCACAAGGUUAAAGAUGAUGGUGAGGUGAAAAGUUCUUCUCUCUCUCACAGGAGUAGGUCCAGGUCACCUCGGCGAACUUCUGUUGGUCCACCUCGUGUUCGAAACUCUGAGCCUCAAAGACAGCAUCCACCAUCAUAUGGUUCAUCAAGUUUCUCUGAGCGCCCUGCAAGGCAAGAUAAAUUUGUGGAUAACCGUGUUCGUGAGGAGAAUCGUGUUCGUGAUAACCAGCGAAAUGUUUCCCGAGGAUCUCCACAAGCUUAUGGUAGUGACAGAGCUCGGAGUCAUUCUACACAUUCGAAAUCUCCAGGGAGACCACGUUAUAGUGGAUGGGAUAAACCGUAUGAUAGGCAAAAGUCUGAGAUGAGUUGUUAUAGGUCUGAAAGAUGGGAACAAGAGAGAAUGGGCGGCUCCAGCGACAUUCAGGUGAGUCAUCAGUUUGAACGCCCUGCUUUCCCACAGACUUUAGAAGAACUAGAAUUGGAAUAUACAAGGGAUGCAAUGGAGCUUGAAAAUAAACGCGAGAAGGAAGAAGAUGAGGAGAACACCAAGCAUCGUGAGACAAUCCGGGAACUGAGAGAGAGCUACAUGAAGAAACUGGCUGGGGUAAGGGGUAUGAAUGCUAAACAAUGGGAAGAUUUCCUUCAAGUCGAUGCUCAAAGACGUCAACAGCAAUCAAGGCAGCAAAUCUCUGGUCUGAGUUAUGGUAGUAACUAUAGACAGUUUCCUUACACUGAGUUUGAUGAUGGUUACUCUGCCAAUCCUCCUCCCUAUGGUGGAAACAAUGUGCCAAUGGAUUCUGAAGGCAGAUAUCCGAACCAUGUAAAAAACUAUUCCUCAAGGCAUCAAGACAACAAUUAUGGUACUGGAUUCCAGCGCCAGAGACGCGAGGACUAUGGGAAAGCCUACAAUCGCUAUUAG